GAGAACGCUGCGCUGCCGCUCGGUUCGUGGCGCGAUCGAAGGUCCGAUUUGAACCGAUCCGAUCUGUUAUUUUCACCGCUUGCAUAUUCAUUACACCAACGCCGAGUCGACCGAAAGCAAAAACAACAGCGACAAUUACGCGGCUCUCCCUUUUGAAUAAUAGCAACAAAGUGAACGCUGGGCGGUAAGCGGUAAAAGGUAGACUAUACCGCUCUGCCACAUCUACAUAUUCGCCUUACGUGACGUAACAGCGUACUUUUUGUUAUUGUUUGGCCUGCUCCCCAAACGUGUGACUAUCUAUCUAUAUAAAUAUAUCUGUACGCGAACGUAUAUAUCUGAGUGUGGCGUUUUCAUGAACGCGUUCGUGAUCUUUGAAGCAAAACAAAGCUAAAGCUGUCCAUUUCACCGCGAAACGCAGCAUAAGGCAACGGCCCAAUAAUCAUCGGUUUUCUAUGUGAAUAUACGUUUAUAUAUGUACAUGUAACCGAACAGCGAACUUGGUCAGAAAACCCUAAAAUAUAGACGUAGCUGUAUGGUUUUUUUUUCUGCCGACGUCAUGCCAACAAACAACCAGUGGCUAACGAUUUAUGUAAAGUGAAAACAACUUUGGUUCUGGCCAUGUUCAAAUACGGCUGCUAUGGAUCCAAUUUUCUUCUCGCCAACGAAUGGUAUACCGUCAGAGAGUAAACUCGCUACUUAUAUGAAUCGACAGAAUGUCGCCACACCGAGCGGUUAUGGGCUGAAUAACGGGUUCUCACUACUUAAUUUGGAUUCGCCCCUAAAUAAAAAAUCCCAGGUCACGCCGCAGUCGCCCGAGUUCAUUCCAACGCGCAUAAACUCGACCCCCAACUUCUACGCACCAUAUCACAACGCGCCCAUGCAAUUGAGUAAUGGGCUCAACGGCGUCAAUGGGUUAACAGCCGCCGCAGCAGCAGCAGCAGCCGCCGCAGCAGCCGCCGCCGCCGCAUCAGUGCCCUCCUCUACGUCAUCGGUAGCCGCCGCUUCCGUGACCAUCAGCAAAACGGCCAACGGCGGCGCCUCCAUGCUCGCCCUGCAAAAGUCCGCCUCCAUUGCCACCGUCACCAUCGCACAACAGCAGCAGCAGUCGCAGCAUCCACAGAAACAGCAACAGCAUCCGCCACCGGUGGGCGGUGGAGCGGUCUCCGCCGCCUCCGCUCCCAUUGCGAUCAGCGCACCACCGAAUCCCGCCGCUGCCCCCUUUGUCAGCAUGUCCGCCCAGACGCCAUUAAAAGGACGGGGUGCCAUGCUGCGCCAGGAGUCGCCCACGGCAGCCAUGCUGGCGGGUGGAGGACCCGGCGAGAAGUCGCCACCUCACGGGAUGACGCCGCAUGGAGCCUCGCCCAUACCCACAUCGUUGCCCACCAGCGUCCAUCAGGAGAACGUCGGCGGCACCAUCUACUUCUAUCCAACUGCCAACGCACAGAACAGCCAGCCCGUCGUCAACUCCGUGGUGGUGGACACAACGCACCCGGCCCACCACGGCGUUAGUGCUGUGGCGCCCAUGAGCGCCGUUGGCGGGGUUCAGACGACCAUAAUGUACACGGGGCAUGUGUAUCCGGGACCGUCCUCCAACGUUAUUACCCUGCAGCCGAAGACGCAGCUGGAGUCGGCCUUCUUCAUGCCAGACGAGAUGCGCUCCGAAGUCCUGGCCCGCAACGAGAUCUCUAACCUGAUCAUGGACGCAGCGGAGGCUGCGCAACACGCCCUGCCGAUGGAGGUGGACAACUACCAUGCGCUGUAUCCGCUGGAGCCGCCGGCACAGCCGAUGCACGCCAAGCUAACGCUCCCCGCCAGCACUUAUCGGGCCACGCACAACACGACGGGCUACAAGUACUGUCUGCGAAGGUUACAUGGUUUCCGCCUGCAGUCGACCAAGUGCAUGACGUUAGUGGAGAUGUGGAAGAAGCUGCAGCACACGAAUGUGGUACAAUUGCGUGAGGUGUUCACGACAAAAGCAUUUGGUGAUAACUCUUUAGUAUUAGUGUACGACUAUUAUCCCGGCUCACAAACAUUACUGGCCAAAUACUUCACACCAGCGCCAGAUACCAACGGGUACACUGAUCCAUUCCAAGGCGAGGCACGCCCCUUCAGUCAUAAGAGCAACAUGCAGCGGACGAGCAAUGGACCACUGCUGCCGGAGGCCACCAUCUGGUCGAUCAUCAUGCAGCUGACCGCCGGCUUAAAAGCCAUUCAUCAUGCAGGUCUUGCCUGCAAGGUUCUGGAUCCCACAAAGAUCAUAGUGACGGGCAAGCGGGUACGGUUUAGCUCCUGUUGCAUCUCGGACAUUACACAAUUCGAUCCGAAUGCGGCCAAUCCCUUGGCCCUCGUUAACAUGCAUCAGCAGGACGAUCUGACCGCUUUGGGUCGCUUAGUAUUAGCGCUUGCCUGCCGCUGCCUUCAAUCCGUGCAACGCGACAAUGUCCAGUCGAGCAUCGACAUGGUCACGCGAAACUACUCCACCGAUCUGCGUAACUUCAUAGUUUACCUCUUUACCACGAAUAACCGUCGUUCGGUGACCGAUCUGAUGCCGAUGAUUGGGGCCCGUUUCUAUACACAACUGGAUGCACUGCAAAGUCAAAUUGAUAUGCAGGAGGACGAGCUGGCCAAGGAGAUGGAAAACGGGCGGUUGUAUCGCAUUUUGGUUAAACUAAACAGCAUCAAUGAGCGACCCGACUUCAAUCUGGACUGCACUUGGUCCGAGACUGGUGAUAGAUACAUGUUGAAAUUAUUCCGUGAUUAUUUGUUCCAUUCCGUCACUGAGGAUGGCCGGCCCUGGCUAGAUCACGCACACAUUGUACAAUGCCUCAACAAGCUGGAUGCUGGCUGCAUAGAGCGCGUGCAACUAAUGUCCCGCGACGAGCAAUCGGUACUCAUCGUCUCCUACGCUGAACUCAAGAAUUGUCUGGAGAACGCCUUCUCCGAACUGAUGUCAAGUGCGGCCAACUGAGCACCUCGGGGGAAAAAAAAACAGGAAACCGGAAACAGGAAACUGAUUCUGAUAACUGAAAACACGCGCAGCUCACUUAGCCACCCUCCGCACGACCACAAAGCGACUACGAUUAAACGGAUUAGCUACUAAGCGAAACAUUCAUUACGACUAAGACAUUUUGAGAACCAUAAACAAAUAAAAUACGAAGAUGUUUAUUGUUAAGCCAAAACCGAAAAAGAAACAAAAACAAAAAAAAAUGAAACCCAAUAUCCAAUGUUAUGUUAGCUCUUAACUAAAUUUUAGGCAUUUAAAACAAUACAAAAAGAAACAACCACAACCACAAAAAUAAACCAACAACAACAACUUUUUGAAAA